UUAUACGUCUGCAACAAACGCUCUGGCGUCAGCUGCGAAUGAGCACCCGAAUCGGGGAAUGUUUUGAGUGACGCACACCAAUGAUUUGGUCGCGUGCUGUUUCGGUUAUUUCGGAAUCAUUUGGUGCUGUCACCUGGAGUGUGAUGUCAGAGCGCGAGCGAGCGAGUGAGGGAGCGAUGCCUGACCGGGACCGGAAUGUGCUAGGCAGCUACCUCGGCCGCCUGGUGGAGUUUGCGGACGAACAUAUUAAUGCGGUGCGGCAUAUUAGUACGGGCCUGGCAGUGGCCGGAGUUGUGAUGCUCGCCAGAAGCAUUAAACUAUUUACUAAAUUUAAUAGUGCUCUGGAGAUACCUGAUAGCUUUAUUGAAAAACAUGUUAAACUUCGAGGGAGAGUGCAUCAUGUAACAAGAUAUGGACUAGAAGUAGAGCAUGUUCCCAUUACACUUCCUUUUGGUUCAUUUCUACAGAGAAGGCAGUCAAAUGGUCUACUGAUGGUUCGAUUGGCUGGCUUGCAAAUGACUGAUGAAGGCAAAGUGUGGUUAAAAGAGCAAAUCAAACCUUCUCACGUUGUUUGGUUCCAACCUCUAAGGCGGGAGAAUUCUUUUAUUGAUUCUAUUGUAAGAUUAAACAAAAGUAUAUUUUUCUCAGUCUCUCUGAAUGAAGAGAUUUUAAGGAGAGGCCUUGGACGAGCAGUUAACAUUGAGGGCCUACAAUCAAAUCCUAAACUGUACUGGAGAUUACAGUCAAAGUUGCUUAAAGCAGAACUAAAAGCCAUAAGAAAAGGUAAAGGCAUCUGGAAAGAAGCCACUUUAUUAGAAACAAUCUCAAAUAAUCUUCAGAAGUCCAAGAUUCUGCAUAAUCUAGAUAAUCUUAAAUCCUGGGUCAGUUCUUUCAGAAAAAAAUAAUUUAUUCAGUUGUAGCAGAAGCUUAUAAAGUUAAAUUUCUACAAUAAAUACAACUACUUUGUCAUCCUUAAGUGUUACAGAUAUAAGGUAUGUUAUCUUUGUUUAAGAGAGAGAGACUCAUUUUACAAUGCAAAAUGUUGUGUCUCAACUUGCUGGUUUAUUUAGCCUGUACAUUAGCUUUACUCUUUUCACGUUAGUGCUUUUCUUUGACUGAUAGAAUAAUAAUCUACUGCAGCAAGACAACUUGGGUACUGGAGCCAAGCUUUGUAUUAUCUAAUAAAGGAAUCAGUGGAGCCAAA